AUGGACUGCAUGUGUGGGGCACACCUUAGGGUGGACGAGCCGGCACAACUCAUUAAGAGGGCAACCUCUGGGGUUGGUGCUGAGAUCAGUGGGCUUCUAGACUUGUUUGGAGGAGGGUCGAGUUCUGGAUUACUCUCUGGCUUAUUUUCGAAGGUGAAGCCAGAGAAGCCAAGGGAGCAUAAAGACGGUGACAACGUGAUUUUAAUGGGUUCUUUGCCCAGCACUUCCUUAUAA